UUCAUAGUCACUUCCCAUCCACCUGCAAACGCUUUUCAGUGGCUGUGCAGUAUGCAAGCCAUGAGAAAGCCCCUCCGUGCCCGCGCACGAGUUCCCACGGCUGCGGCCGCGCGGGGAGGGAUCCGCGUACGCGGACUGAGCACCUGCCGGGCGGCUCCUGGCAUUGACUACCGAAAGCUGGCGGUGGAAGUGAUCCGCGACUCCACGGAGGACGAGCGCCAGUGGAUGACUUUGAUGAACACCCCAUCGGUGGCCAGCUAUGCCCGGAAGGCCGUCAUCGCCAAGGCCAAGCGUGACCCCAACUUUGCCAAGCAGAUCGCCUUGGCAGCGGUCACUGGUGCACUGGCCACCCCCAAGCUGUCGACGACGUCGCUACCAGCGGAGCUGCGGGCGAGUAGCGCGCUGCCCACGUGUCCGCCCGCUUUGGCAGAGCCGCGGACGCCGUCCAUCUUCGAUGAGGAGGAGUCGGACUCGCCACCGCGGAAGGUCCGGCGACGGCUCACCUAUAAGCAGGGCUAUGACGCCAAGAGCGCGCUCAUCGGGGAAUCCGCUUUGGGCUGCUUGAGCUUCGACCUGGCUGCCCACCUCUUGAGCUUCGUGGACCUCAUCACGAAGAUCUCCGCCCUCAACUGUUCCAGCGGCCUGCGCGAGGUCCUGCAGCACCGGAGCGCUUGGGAUCCCCUUCGGAUCAGUAAGCCCAUCGGUCGAGGACUGCUGCGGCGCUUGAAACAGAAGGAUCCCUUGGGCUACUUCACGGAGGAACGUGUCAGGGCCAAGAGGAGCUUCCCCAGAGGCUUCUUCGACAUCUCCCAGCUGGAGAUCGUCUUGAUGGACCCUGAACGGGUAGAGAUGCCGCAGAGUGAUACGGAGGAUGAAGCUCCCAAACCCUUGCUCUUGACCUUGAUUCCAGAUCCUUUGGAUGAGAUGCUGAAGCGCUUAAAGCACUACUUCACCAAAGUAUGUGAUCUCACCAUUCGGAACAUCGAGGAUUAUCGCAUGGACUAUCGCUUUGUGGAGCUUCGGUGCAGCGAGCUGGAACACUUCCCCAAGAUCGAGCUACGGCACGUGGACUCCACCUACCACCUCCAUGCCUCACGUCAUCAUCAGCCACCGGAGGUGGAUCUGGCACGCGCCCGGGCCAUGAAUGUGGCGCGCAUUCCCACUGGAGCCGCUCCUCUGAGUAGAACGCGGUGAGUCAGGGGCCUUGAUUGUGAAGGAAGGAACAGAUUCCAAGCAUGUCCAACGCGUGCUGCAUGGCAAUGAAGGACACAUUCUGAGUCCUUUGGCAGAUUUCUUUUGAACUGUAGGGAUUCAAAUCAGCAAAAAGAAACCCAGAGCUGGUGGGAUCAGCCAAGAACAGGUCGAUUUAAUGCCGUUCUUCGGCACAGGUUCACUCACCAGUUUGGCAAAUUUGUGGAUCAUAUACGAUUCACCUUGUGAGGAGCUUACAUGAUGUAUAAUCGUUUUGAGAUGGGCUGCGUGAUUCUGGGAUGAUGUAGUUGAGGGAAGACAAUUUGUUUAUGAUGAGGUUCUCAAUGAAGGUCUUGGCCAUUUCCAAAUAACCGUGUUGUUGUGCUUUUCUGGGAAAGCUUCCCAGGACCUUUGCCAGUGACCUAACUUGAGAUCCUUUGAAGUGAGGUCACCUAGUAGGUCACUUGUUGAUCCUGAAGUUCGGUCACUAGCGUUCGCACGGAACGGAAUGCCGCCCGGCUCAGGAAACAGAGAAGGCUGUGUCUUCAAGCUGAAACGUUCAGUUACGUUUCGCCAUCAAAUGAGAACAGUCCAGCCUCAAAGCAAACGCGCUCGCCGACCUCGGCGGCGUCGCGACGUUCGCAGACGUUCCGCUGGUGAAGGCGGUUGAAACACUGCAGGUGGAGAUCCUGAACACGAGCCUCACUGAGAGAGAGGCUCUCUUCCUGCAGGAGCACUUGAGUGCCUUCAAGAACGGCACGGACUUCUGCCUUAGCCACUCCAUCUAUCGUUAUGUGCCCAGCCACACGGUACGGAAGAAGUACAAGACCGUGGUGGAACACUUGCGGCGCCGCUUCCCCGCCUGCUUCGGGGACCGGGAGGAGUGCCAAAGCACUCCGCUGCGGUGAGGUGAGCCUGUUGAGUGACCAGUGAAGCAGUGUGGAGAAGCCAAAACAGGUCAAGAGGUCUGGUCCAGGUCGUUCUGAAAUUGUCC